ACUUGUGGUGGGAUUCUGGUGUUUUAGUGGCAUGACAGGGCUUGCCUCUGCGCAUAAAUACAACCUUUACCCGUUUGAUCUCACUCAAGAAUAACGUGAAAGCUCUCCAGCUGUCUUGGGAAUUUGCUGUAGACAGCAGGAAGAUAAGAGAAGAGGAAGAGGAGCAUGUUUUUUUUUCUACUGGCUGUUUGCUCCUCGGGAAAGUUAACAGGGCCCAGUCUCAUUGGGUGCAUUGACAGGCGCAUGGAAGGAGAGCAGUUGGAAGCAGGGAGGAAGCUGAUAGUUCUCUCUCUCUCCAACCAGCUCGGCUUUUUUUUCUGCACCGAGGAGGCAUGCACGUGAAGGGGGAGGCGCCCGAGCCAGGCGAGCGGCACGACUGCUGCCCGAAUCCAACAAUUAACCUUGAUGAACACAGAUUGGUUUCACUUAUCAGGCGCAGGUGCGUGGAUUCCGCGAUACGGCGCAGCUGAGCCAUCCCAUGUUUAUGACCGGACACUGGCGCAUUUGAUGCCAAACGCAGAAACUACACGGAUUUGAGGAUAUUGCAGCUGAUUUUUUUUUUCUCACGGGACGGGAUGCACAUUGCAAUGGGAGCCUUUCCAAUUCUCACCCUCUGUCAGAAUCCGAAUUCAGGAGCGCUGAAUUGAUUCAGAGACAUAUAUCGGAAUUUGACCGCCGUGUCAUUGCUCAGCGCACCAGUUUUUCUUCUUAGCGGCGGAGACAAGAAGGAGGGGGAAACUGUCCGCUUCACUACUCCUCAUCAGCGCCCUGGACGGCUUGAAAUGAGUACCACAUCCCGGCUGAGCUCCGUGUGAAGAAGAGGCAAAGCGGAGCGGCUGUUCCUUUCUAUUUUUUUUCCUUUCUGCUCUCAAGGACGCAAAAAAUAAAAGUGGCCGCCGGGCCGAGCUGCAAACAUGGAGCGGGACGACACCGACACCGUGAGCGCGUCCAAAAAGACAAUAAUUGCGAAGAUAUUUAAAGUUCGCAAGAGGAGGGAGAUGCUUUUCGUGCAGGUGUGCUUCAUCUGCAGUGUCCUCUUCGUGGCAUGGGGCAUGUCUGCGCUGUUAACCAAGACAGGUCAUGGGAUGAUAGUGGAGGGACAUCCGAACUCUGAGCACUGGGGAAGACGGCUAAUGGCUUCAGCACUAGAGAACGAAACAGAGCCCAAGAACUGCUCAGCGCCAGCAAUACACGAGUUCCCACAUGACCUUUUCACCAACCAAGAACGAAAGGGUGGUGCCGUUAUGCUGCACAUUGUGGCGACGCUCUACAUGUUUCUGGCCCUCGCAAUAGUGUGCGAUGAAUACUUUGUGACAUCGCUGGAGAAGAUCUGUGAGAAAUUAGACCUGAGUGAAGAUGUUGCUGGAGCCACCUUCAUGGCAGCUGGCAGCUCUGCACCAGAGCUUUUUGCUUCUAUUAUCGGUGUCUUCAUCACCCACGGCGAUGUGGGGGUGGGGACCAUUGUUGGCUCAGCGGUCUUCAACAUCCUUUGCAUCAUCGGCGUCUGCGGGAUAUUUGCCGGACAGGUGGUGAUUUUGACCUGGUGGGCAGUCUUCAGGGAUUCUCUCUACUACACCCUGGCUGUUUUGGCUUUGAUUGCAUUCAUCUACGACGAAAAGAUAGUUUGGUGGGAGAGUUUGAUACUGGUGGUCAUGUAUAUGGGCUACAUCCUUGUCAUGAAAUUCAACUCCAGCAUGCAGAGAUUUUUCAUGGGGAAGUCCAAGAAGAAUGUGGCCAAUGGUAACGCUACAGCCAGCAGUGAGAUGGAGGACGUCAAGCCAAGUAAAGCAUACAGCCGUGGCUCAGUGGUGAUGGUGGACGAGAUAAUGAACGCCAGCCCUUCGAAGUUCAGGUUCCCAGAAGCCGGCCUCCGUGUCAUGGUCACCAGCCAUUUUGGACCCAAGACCCGUCUGCGCAUGGCCAGUCGCCUCAUCAUAACAGAGAAGUUGGUCCAAGCCGCUAACGGAGUGGAGACACAAGUUGUUGAUGGCAAGGUUGAAAUGGAGAAUGGAAACGUACCGGAGGACAAACCGAGCGAGCCGGAGGAAAACGAAACCAUCUCACCGUUUCAUGUUCCGAGGGGCAUUGGCAGUAAGCUGAAGUGGCUCCUCUCGUGGCCCCUGCUCCUGCUGCUGUUUUUUACUGUCCCGAACUGUGCCAAGCCCCGCUGGGAGAAAUACUUCAUGGUGUCCUUCAUCCUGUCCACCGUCUGGAUCGCCGUCUUCUCCUACUUGAUGGUCUGGAUGGUGACUAUAAUCGGCUACACCCUGGGGAUCCCUGAUGUCAUCAUGGGCAUCACUUUCCUGGCAGCAGGCACCAGCGUCCCGGACUGCAUAGCUAGUCUUAUUGUGGCUCGGCAAGGUUUGGGAGACAUGGCGGUGUCUAACACUAUUGGCAGUAAUGUGUUUGAUAUACUGGUGGGACUGGGGGUUCCCUGGGCGAUCCAGACCAUAUGCGUCAGCUAUGGAUCAGAGGUGAUGAUAAACAGCCGUGGUCUGGUGUACUCUGUGGUGCUGCUGCUUGGCUCUGUGGCCCUCACGGUGUUGGGGAUCCACUUUAACAAAUGGAGGCUGGACCUGAAACUGGGCGCGUACGUUCUCAUCCUGUACGCCAUCUUCCUCUGCUUCUCCAUCAUGAUCGAGUACAACGUCUUCACCUUUGUCAACCUGCCCAUGUGCAUGGAGGAGUAGAGCACAGCAGCAUGCCUCGGAUACCAAAACCUCAUCUCCCUCUUAGGAAAAAAAAAUCCUAAAUGUUUUUCUUUCAAUAAGACUGGACCUAACAGGAGACUCUUUUUCUCCACCCUUACGCUCUUGUCCUCGUAAUCCUUUUUGUCCUAAGUAUGACUCAUUUCCUCAAGAGGCAGUACAAAGCUGUAAGAGUGGACUCUGUUCUACGUCUCUAAUUUGUCCUCUUGUCACACAGUGCCAGUCCUUAAUGCCCAUUGUUCGGGGCAUUGCCUGUUAUUGCAGUAAAGUCUUUAUUUCCUCUGUGGGCCUGUUAACUUUCUACCCAUCUAGCAUGCCUUUAGAUGUCGGGGACCUCCAGAAUCAUAAGUGCCCCUGUCGAGUGGUGGUGUGUGUUUUCACUGUUUUCACAUUGUAGAUUUCCACACCAUUUUUUCCAAAGCUUUUUUUUCCACAAACCAAUCCUGAGUCUGUGAAGAAGAAAAAAAAUCUCAUGACUCCAACCAAAACUUUCACAUAUAGAGAGCUCUCCUUGAAAUCAUUCCUAAAAGAAUUUCCCCAGCACCCAAAGAAAAAUACACAAGUUUUUUGGAGGAGGAUUUUGUCCUUGGCAGCUCCCCUCCUCCAGCCUGGACCCAACUUCCCCUGGCAUGGCCUUUGGCAUCAGGGAGCAGAAACUGUUAGCGCUUCUACUCCCCCCUCUUUGACUCUUCCCAACCCUUAUCUGCUUGAUCAAAUCGGCUUUGUUUUCUCAAAAAAAAAAAGACAUUUUGUGGCACUUUGUGUCAAAACUAUCACAGUCUGGAUCAGUUGACUGUGAGGGUGUUAUGCAUAUGCAGCACGGCACAAUGUAAACUUGUAAACACUUCUUUUGUUCUUUAUUUUAUAUUUAUUUUUUCAAAACAAGGUUUUGUCUUGUAUGAAAUACGGAGGAGAGCUUGUUGCAAAUGUAGGACAUUGCCUGUUUUUUUCACUGAUACAAAUUGCACAUAGAAACGCUUUUUUCUUGCUUUGUGCUGUAAGGAGAUUUGACCAUUCAGAGGGGUGUCUGGCUGGUUGUGGUGACUUCCUCUCCAGCAUUUUGUUCAGUCAGUUGAUGGGUCAGUCUACUAUUCCCUUCGCACAACUUCAGAGAAAAAAAAACGGCUUCAGAUCUGUUGGACACAUCUGAAUUUUGUCAUCAUCAAGUGGCUUGUUCUCGUCUUGAGACAGCUCACAGAACGGAGCAGGUUGUUCAACAAACAAAAUGCAAAGAAAACCGGACAGUUCUCCUCUCUGACUGUCUGCUACACCACCCUCUGACCAGUAGGGGGCACUGCAGCCUUUCUACCCAGGCCAGGGGUGCCAACCACAGCCGUCGGUUAUCAGGGAAACUCAGAGAUGGACAACUCCAGGAGGUGUCGAUGGUGAUGGUCUCUUGAUUUUGAGUUACAUGUAGAUAUUGCACUUUAACAGCCGUCCUCUCAUUCUGAAUCAACUAGUGCUUCCUUCUGUGCGUGUGUAUUUUCAGUGUUUCAGUGUGACUGUGUGUGUGUAUGUGUGUGUGUGUGUGUGAGAGUGUGUGUGUGUGUGCGAGAGAGAGUGUGAGUGUGAGAGAGUGUGUGUGUGAGAGAGAGAGAGAGAGAGAACAUUGUAUGUGUGUGUGUGUGUGUGUGUGUGCGCUCAGUGUGGGCUCACCUUACGUUUUUCUCACUCCGGGCUCUCCGAACAGGCUGGAACCUCGUUAACACCAUGAGCACACCCCGCCUCUGUCUGCAGUGCAUGCUGGGACUUUUAAACGCAGCUCCCUAUACAGCACAGCGAGAAAAAAAAAAAGGCUGAGGGCAUCUGGGUGUCUCUGUUGAAAACCGCCCCGGCCCACUUUUACAAAAAUCGGCAGCUACGAGCUACACUGCAAUCCAGACAUGUGACAUCAUGCAAAAAUGCCUGCAAGGAGUCCACAAGUGAAGUGCAGAGACUACUGACUGAAACAUUUGAGUGGGAAGUGUUUUACGUGUUGAAAAAAUUCCUCUGCUACUCUGUCGGCAGCAGGCACUUGUAUAUGCAAUCUCAGUUUAAAGAAUUCUAUGUGACAGAAGGUUCCCCCCGCAAGGUUGCCAUAAAAGAUGGGGGAUCCCGCGGAGAUGUGACGUCAAUUUGUCUAGUAGUUCUUGAUGUGUGAGCUCACAGGUGUGUGUUUGUGACAGCUGAAGAACUGAGCCCAAAGUAAGGACUUUUUUCUGGAACAGCGACUUUGAGGGAAGUCUGAUUUCCCCUCCUGCACACACUCCUUUUUCUCCUCUUUCUCUACUCUCGUCCCCUCUUGCACAAGGGCAUUAACUCUCCACCGACCCGAGCUGAGGAAGCAGAGGGGCAGCAGGGAACACAUGGAUGGAGGGAUGGUUUUCAUGCACCGCCCUCGGGACGUUGUUACUUUUUCAGAAGACCUGGAUGAAAGCAGACUUCAAGGAAUUUAAAAAAAAGGAGGACCCCCUUAAGCUGCUUCUCUACCGGGGCUGUGUUUACUGGAUGGGGGUGACCACACAGGGAUAUGCUGAAGUACACCACCCUUCCUCCUCCCUUUGAACCUUUUCAGUGGGUGUUUGUGCAUACAGGACCUACAUUUUUGAUGCUUUUUAUGGGGGAAGGCAGUUCUGUACAGUUCUUGAGUUGAUUCAGAAUGUGCAGUGUUCGGUUUGAGAUUUAUUUUGGUGUAUAUUUUUUGUUGUUGCUCUGUGUGGUCAUGUCCCAGGUUGCCAGGUUUUGACAGGAAACAACCACAGCAGGGGAAAAACAACCGCUCCUCUUUUUCCUGUCCUCAUCUUGACUACAUUCUCAACAGUUGUCUGACUCGCAUCUUUGUUACCAAGUCACUUUUUUGAAAGAGGAAAAAAAAAAUAGACUCCAAAUGCCAUACGUGUCGUAGCUCUGCAUUAAUUCAGAUUGUAUGGAAAAUCCUGUGUACAAAAUAAGCGCACACACUUAAGAAAACACACAUUAGAAAUGGCGAUUGAACACAAGGAGACUGGUAUGUAUUUCUUGAUUGAAUGCGACCUGAUGCACUGUGAGCUCAAUGUGACGUGGGAGUUGUUUGUCAAGAAUAAUAAAUGAUUAAAAAAUAUAUUUAAUGUAAAGUUAGUUACUAUAAAACAUUACUGAGGACAUCUGUAUAACUUAUAUGAAUGUAUUGUCUUGCUAUACUGGACAUAUCCAACCAAUGCAUUUUACUGUAAAGCAAUAAUGUGAAGAAAAAAAAAUAAAAUGGCAAAAAUAAUUCCUGUA